AUGGCAAGACCAAUGCUGCCAAGGCCACUGGUCCCGAUCAAAACCCUUGUUCCAUCCUCUGUAACCUCUCUCACCUCCAUCUUCCUCUUAAUUUCCAUCCUCUCCAUCCUCUCUAUCUUGGCGUUUCUCUGCGCUUCUCAUCGCAAGUCCAAGAAGUCGACGAAGCACAGCGCGUUCGUCCCCCAUUCGAGUGAGAAGAAGCUCGUCUCAAGGCUCAACAGCAGCAUCAGCAGCAAGGCGCUCCUGAUGGCGAAGAUGAUGUCCUGGAGGAAGACAGAGGGAGGACAGGAAGAAGAAGACGGUGAGGACAGCGACGAGGCUAUCUGGAAAAAGACGAUCAUACAAGGAGAACGGUGCCGGCCCCUGGAUUUCUCCGGGAAAAUCGAGUAUGACUCGAAAGGAAACAUCGUAACUGCAUAG